UCUCUGCUAGGAGUACUUUUAAUUAGGAGUUUCCUUUAUCACCAACUACCUUCUUUUUAGGGAAAGGAAGAUCAUUCAAAACCUUACCACCUUCAUAAAAAAUAAUGAAAUGUCUAUGAUGUGUGGGUUUCCGUUUGCUGCUUUACUUUGUGUUAUCCAAACCGUCACGUGCGGAGAUCCUAACAUCUUUUUAAUAUACAAUGAAAACCAUGCAAAGUGUGUGGAGGCAAGAAGUGAAAAAUCUGUGGUAACAAAUACUUGUAAUACUGCUGCGGAGUCACAGCAAUUUAGAUGGGUUACUGGUCAGAGACUCAUGAGCGUCAAGUUCAAACUGUGCUUCGGAGUUCCUAGCAAGGUAAACUGGGUUCCAGUAACUCUCUAUCCGUGCAAUGAAACAAGUGAUCUACAGUCAUGGAGAUGCAAGAAUGACACACUCUUGAGCAUCGAGGGGGCCGAUGUCUACUUCAACUAUGGAAACAGAAAUGAGAAAAAUAUUAUGCUGUACAAAGGAUCAGGAUUGUGGAGCAGGUGGAAGGUUUAUGGCACCAAAAAUGAUCUUUGUUCGAUAAAGAAUGAAGAAUUGUUUACAAUAUAUGGAAAUUCAAAUGGACAACCAUGUGUAAUGCCUUUCAAGUACCGUAACAAGUGGUAUGCAGACUGUACUACUGAUGGUAGAUCUGAUGGCUUGCUUUGGUGUGCAACGACUUCAGACUAUGCUGAUGGCAUGUGGGGACUUUGCCCAGUGACCUCCAGUAAGUGUGGUACUUCAUGGAAUAAAGAUCCUUUAACAGGCAACUGCUACCAAAUCAACUAUAAUUCAGCUCUAACAUGGCACGAAGCAAGAAGAAGUUGUCAGCAACAAAAUUCAGACCUUCUGAGUGUGACAGAGCUACACACACAGACAUAUCUCUCAGGACUGGUGAAUAAUAUGAAGACAUCACUUUGGAUAGGGCUGAAUAGCCUGGAUGUUGAAAAAGGCUGGCAAUGGAGUGACCAAAGUCCCUUCAGAUACUUGAACUGGGCUCCUGGACAUCCAUCAUCUGAACCAGAUUAUACAUGCGUGGUUAUGAACCCUUCCAUGGGAGCAAAGUGGGAAACUGAAGCUUGUUCCCUGAAACUGGGAUAUAUUUGUCAGGCUGAUAGUGGAAACACAAAUUCUUCCGAGACCAUUGAAGAGGACAAUACACCCAUUUCUUGCCCAGGAGGAUGGCAGUCAUAUGCAGGUUAUUGCUAUAGUCUACGCCGAGAUCGCAAAACAUGGCAACAGUCUUUGUCAGCCUGUCGAAAGGAGGAAGGAGAUUUGGUCAGCAUUCACAAUAUUGAAGAGCACGAUUUUAUUAUUACACAGCUUGGAUAUUUAUCCACUGAUGAGCUGUGGCUUGGGAUGAAUGAUCUUAAGAUGCAGAUGCUGUUCGAAUGGACAGAUGGAUCCCCAGUGUCUUUUACUGCCUGGCUGCAUAAUGAACCAAGUCAUUUUGACAAUAAGCGAGAGGACUGUGUCAUGAUGAGGACAAAGAUUGGCUAUUGGGCAGAUCAUGUGUGUGAAAAACAGUAUGGAUAUAUCUGCAAACGCAAACCAUUUCCAAAACAACCAGGGCAGGAGGAGGUGAUUCCUGUGGAAGAAGGAUGUCUGAAGGGCUGGAAGAGAUAUGGGACGUCCUGCUAUUUCACUGGGCAGACGGCAAAGACAUUCAAUGAUGCAUCCAAUAUGUGCAAAAGUCAGAAUGCAUUCCUUGUUAAUGUUCAAGAAAGAUAUGAGCAAGCUUUUUUGACGAGCUUAAUUGGACUGCGACUUGAAACACAUUUUUGGAUUGGUAUAAAAUCUGAUCCAGACAACAAAGGGGCCUUUUUGUCUGUGAAUGGGGGGCCAGUGUCAUAUACAAAUUGGAAUAUCGAUAUGCCAGGAAGAAAAGCUGGCUGUGUUGGCAUGGCAACCAGAAAUGCUGCUGGUUUAUGGGGUAUUUAUGACUGUACAGACAGAGCAAAAUAUAUCUGCAAGCAAUGGGCGGCUGGUGCGACAUCUCCUCCAACUGUACCGACAACUCUUGCCCCAACCUGUUCAGACGGCUGGGAAACAUAUGAAAAUUCUAGAUACUGCUACAAAGCUUUUAUAAAAUCUAAGCAAACCAAAAAAUCAUGGUUUGAAGCACGUGAUUACUGUCGAGCCAUUGGCGGAGAUCUUACCAGCAUCCAUGAUUAUUCUGAAGAAAAAUUUCUCUGGAAUAAACUAGUGUCACUAAUGGCUUUUUCACCUGUGUGGAUUGGAUUACAUAAGCCAAGACCGAAUGGUGGAUUUGUCUGGAGUGAUGACAGUCCAGUAGCAUUUCAGAAUUGGAAUCCGGGAGAGCCCAACCAGUUUCGUGGGAUUGAGAACUGUGUUGAAGCAGGAACUGGUUAUGAAAUGCAAUGGAAUGACAUACAUUGUGAAUCGUUACAUGAUUGGAUUUGCAAAAUUAAAAAAGGACAACCUGUGAAAUCUGAACCCGUUGAUACAAAUUUACAGCAGAAUACAGAAGAUGGCUGGGUAGUACAUGAUAGCUCUCAGUACUACAUUAAUCAAGAAGAAAUGUCAUGGGAUGACGCACGGACAUUUUGCAAGAAAGGGUUUGGAGAUCUUGCUAUAAUUAACAGUGCUUCCGAAAGAUUGUUUUUGUGGAAAAAGAUUUCGAAAAAUCCUCACACUCAAUAUUUCAUUGGUUUGCUUGUGGGUCUUGACAAAAGUGUUAAGUGGAUAGACAAUACUCCAGUGGAUUAUCUCGCCUGGGCACAACAUGAACCAAAUUUUGCAAAUAAUGAUGAGAACUGUGUUGUCAUGUAUGGGAGCCUGGGAUUCUGGAAUGACAUUAACUGCGGUCAUCCAUUCCCUUUUAUAUGUGAAAGAACUAACAGUUCAAUUAAUACAACAUAUGCUCCUACUGAAGCACCAGGUCCAGGAGGAUGUACUCAAGACUGGAUCCCAUUUGGAUCAAAGUGUUUCAUGUUUUAUGGUAAAAAGGAAGCAGAGCAAUUGUCUUGGAAAAAUGCAAGAGAUCGUUGCAUAAGCGAAGGAGGAAACCUAGCAUCAGUUCAAAAUGCUAAAGAACAAGCAUUUAUUAACAUGAAGCUGGAAGGUUUUCCUGUAAAUGUUUGGAUUGGGUUGAAUGAUAUUAAUAAAGAGAGUAAAUAUCUCUGGACUGAAGGAAGGGGAGUAAACUAUACUAACUGGGCCAAGGGUUUUCCGACAGGGCAAAGAUACAGCUACGAUGAUCCAGCAACUGACUGUGUGACUGUGAUUGUAAACGCAAGGAAAAAUGCUGGAACUUGGAAGGAUGAGUACUGUGAUCUUAAAAGAGGCUUUAUAUGCCAGAAGUACAAAGAUCGCGCUUUAAUGUUACAGUCCACAACCAUGGCACCAACAAGCUACAUUAAGUAUGCUAACGGUUCAUACAGACUAGUUGCCUUCAAGCUGAAAUGGCAAGAUGCUCGUAAAGUUUGUGAGGCAGAGGGUGCCGAGAUUGUCAGUAUCACAAAUGUAUUUGAACAUUCCUUACUAAUAUUAGAAGCUGCUAAAUUUGGACAGAAACUGUGGAUUGGACUAAAUGGCAAUGAGACUUCAAGACAGUACAGAUGGGUUGACGGGUGGAGACUGCGCUAUUCCAAAUGGGAGGCUGGAGAACCCAAGAUCAACGAUGGGUGUGUCUUCAUGAAUCUGGAUGGAAGUUGGAAAACUUCAAAGUGCGAUGAUGAACAUUAUGCCGCUUGUAAAAAAUCUUCUGUGCAACCACCUUUGGAUCCACCUCAACUUCCUGGAAAAUGCCCAGAAACAGUGUUACCCCAAUCUUGGGUCCCAUUCCAUGGCCAUUGCUAUUUAUUCGAAACAGCAACUACUAAAAACUGGGCCGCAGCCAGCCUUCACUGCAUUCGUCUUGGAGCUUCAUUAGCAAGUAUAGAGAGUACUGCCGAAAAUGCCUUUUUAUUUCAUACAACAGAAAUGUUGGCUGACAAGACAGCAGCUUUCUGGAUAGGAAUGUAUAAGAAUGUUGAAGACGAGUGGUUAUGGAUAGAUAACACUGUGGUAGAUUUUGUAAACUGGAAUAAAGGAGAACCUUCAAGUCAGAAGAAUGAAAAUUGUGUUGAAAUGUACUCAGAUUCAAAUUACUGGAACAAUGCUCCCUGUGCAACAUAUAAACCAUUCAUUUGCAAAAUGCCGAAAAUUGUUGAACUAACUGAGGCACCUUCACUGAUGGAAGUCUUGCAGCCAAAAGAGACUUCAUCUCACAGCAUAACAGGGAUUGUGGUGGUGCUGGUUAUUGUCUUUGCUGUAGGUAUAGUUCUUGCAGGCUACCUCAUUCAAAAGCGCAGGAGGAAGACAACAGAUAUGGAUACAAAUUUUGAUAACACUCUCUAUUUCAACAGAGAAACUACAGCUGCACCCUGUGAUAUGAAAUCUCUUGUGCCAAACAUAGAACAGAAUGAACAAGCAUUAAUAUAAUUUGCAAAAGUGUUUAAAAUAUUUUGAAAUAAAUCUAUGAACUGUAUGCAGUUAGACUGGAAACCAGCUUUAGCAACAUGAGUAUUUGGCUAAAGCAUGCUUUUGCUGCAAUGUUUUGCACUGAACUCUAAUUAUUCUGCUGUGUUACUAUCUUUUUAUAAAAUAUAUAUAUAUUGAUUACCUUUGUUUUUUUAUUAAUGGCUUAUCUUCCUGGUAUAAGCUUUUAGAAUGAUCAUGUUUAGUACUUUUACUAUCACAAUGAUUAUACUCAAUUCCUUGUGUAAUUAUGAAAGAGGUGACACCUUAGGGCAUCAUGACAAAGAGAAGACUCAUAUUGAUAUUCUUUAGCUGCUUGACCUACUGCCCAAGUGCUUAUUGUAACUAUCUGGUUAAGAGUUUCAAUGAAGAAAACAUGCAAAAAGCUCAUGUUAUGAAAAGCAUAAGCAAAAACCAUGACAUCAUAUAGAAAAACCUUUCAAGUCCACUGUCAUCUGGUUGUUUAGUUUUAAAAACAAACAUGCAAGCGUUUAUAGGAAUAAAUAAUAUCUUGUGAAUUUUUAAAAAAAGAACAAAUUGCAUCAGCCAAUUUCUGCUCAUUAUUGAUACGUAGCAUAUCAGUACGGUCAAAGUGUACAGACUGAUGAGCACCCAGAUAGUUUUUAUACUGUUUCUCAUCUCGCACUUUAUAGUGAGAGUAAGCAGACAUUUUAGCAUUCCUUCAGAAUGCAACAAUGUGUGGGAAAGUAUCAACAAAUUGAAUGUACAUUUACAAACAAUAAAAUGUGCAAAAAGAAAACCAUAUUCUAAUAUUUAAAGCAUAAUGAUUAUUGUCCUAAAUAUAUGGAAUUGAUGUGCUUUUUUUAAUGUGAGCUGUCUUGUGAAAUUUCUGGCACAGUAAAGACAAAAUGUAUUUUGAAAACCACUAAUCAUAUUACCAUUUCUCUGGCCUGUAUAUUAAUAAGGAAUUAAUUAUAUCUGGAUUGCUUUAAAACCACAGUUACAAGGAAGGCACUUAAUAAAAUUUGUUACCUUUA